AUGAAUCCCGACAAAUCAUCUGGCGAUAAGAGCACGCGGCGCCGUGUUAAGGUUUAUAAGCUGAACGAUGAAGGGCAGUGGGACGACGUUGGCACCGGCCACGUUGCCUGUGUUCAUCACGAGACCUUUGAUGCCCUCGCGCUUACCGUUAAAUCGGAAGAGAAGGGAGGCGAAACAAUUCUGGAAUCGAAGAUCCAGACCGAGGACAUCUACCAGCUCCAGCAAGACACUCUCAUCGUAUGGCAAGAGCCAGAGUCAGGGCUAGAUCUCGCCCUGAGCUUCCAGGAAGAGCAAGGCUGCAAGGAGGUGUGGGAGCAAAUCUGUGCCGUGCAGGGUCGCAACCCUUCCGAAUCCUCAGAAGAGGUGGUUACAGAGGAAGAAGAAAGCUACUUCAGUGGGAUCAAGCUACCGCCAGCCAACCUUAGCAAUCUGCAGAAGAUGAAUGGCGUGUUCGAUGGCGAGCACAACUCCCACAUGAAGGAACGGCUUGCCAAUUCCGUCGCCACACAGGGCUAUUUGACCAAGCUCAUCGAGCUGUUCAAAGUGGUGGAGGAGUCGGGCAACCAAGCACAGCUUCACCUCAUGUUCAACAUUUUCAAGAACCUUGUGCUCCUCAAUGAUCCCAACCUGAUGGAGACGAUGUUUAACGAUCAGAACUACAUGACCACGGUUGGGGCUUUGGAAUACGAUCCCGAGGUGUCGCCCAAGCUGGAACAUCGCAAGUACCUUCAGAACAGCGUUGUCUUCAAGGAAGUCGUCCCCAUCCGGAACGCCGACAUCCUCAAGAAGAUUCACCAGACCUUCAGGAUCCAGUACCUCAAGGACGUCAUUCUGCCCAGGCUCCUCGACGACAUGACCUUCGCGACCAUCAACUCGAUAAUUUAUUUCAACAACGUGGAGAUUGUGGAUCACCUGUACAAAGACACCACCUUCCUCACGGAGUUAUUUUCAAAGUUCAGGACGGCGACGAAGGAGGAGCUGGUCGACCUGCUGGGCUUCCUCCAAGAGUUUUGCUCGCUGGCCAAGAACCUGCAGAUCCCUCAGCAGCGCGACUUCUACCAAGCGCUGGCCAAGUACGGCAUGUUCGAGAUCUUCGAGACCGCGCUCGCGGAGUCCAACAUCAAGAUUCGGCUCAGCUGUGCCGACCUGGUGAACAACGUGCUCUCGCACGAUCCCGUGCACUUCAGGGAGUUCCUCCUGGCGCAGCGGCCCGACUACCCGCUGUUCCACAAGCUGAUCGACCGGGUACUCCUGGAGACCGACGUUGGCCUCCUGUCCCAGUUCGUGGAGGUCAUCCGAAUUCUGGUCGACACCGAGACCAUGGAAGAGACGACCGACAAGGAGAAGUUCUUGACGCUCUUCUACCAGACGUUCAUGAAGGGCCUGAUGGCGCCCAUCAUGGACGUCGACGUCAAGGACAAGGUGGAGACCCCGGCCGAGGCCGAGCUGAAGCCGGCGCGCAGGCAGGAGCUUUGCGAGUUGCUGGCGUAUUGCUGCCAACACCACGGCUACCACAUCAAGUACUUCACGCUGGGCAACAACAUCGCCGCCAAGGUCUCCAAACUCCUCUCCAGCACCCAGCCCAAGCAUGUCGCCCUCGCGGCGCUGAGGUUCUUCAGGGCGAUGGUGGCGGCCAAGGACGAUUUCUACAAUCGGCACAUCAUGAAGUUCAAGCUCUUCGACCCGAUCGUGCAGCUCUUCGUCGCCAACGGGAGGAAGUACAACCUCAUCAACUCGGCCGUGAUCGAGCUCUUCGACUACAUCCGAAAGGAGAACAUCAAGGCGCUGCUCAAGCACGUGAUAGAGAACUACUCGGACACCUUCAAGGAGGUCGACUACGUAGAGACCUUCAAGCUGCUUCAGCUCAAGUACGAACAGAACAAGGACUACGACGAAAACGUCAACAAGGUCUUCUCCGGACCCACCAAGUCGCCACAAAGGGCUGCCGGCGACGACGUGGACGACAGCUAUUUCUUUGGCGAUGACGAUGACGACGAGGAGCCGAAGGGAGGGCUGGUGUCGUAUGAGGACGAUGAGGAUAAGGGGAAGGAGAAGAGCGAAGAGGAGGAGGAAGCGGAGGAAGAGGAAGCGGAGGGCGGUGCGGGAGGAGGUGAAGAAGAGGAGGAGGAGGGCGAGGAGGAGGAACGGAAGAAGGCCGGCCAGCGGAAGGAGGCGCAGGACCACAAACAACCGCCGGCGAUGAGGGACGACGAGAACGGAGACGGGGACACCAAAAAGAGGAAGAGAGAUACCGCAGCGCCUGGCGAAGCGGCGACGGAGGACGACGAGGCCUCUGCCAGCGGCGAGGCGGCGUCGGCGUCGGCGUCGGCCGAUGGUGGCGACGAAGGCGAGGGCGAGGAGACAGAGAAGAAAGAAAACGACGAGGACAGCGGAGAGGCGGGCGGAGUGACGAAGGAGGAGGACAAGGAACGAGACUCGAAACGGCUCAAGUUCUCCAUCCAAUCCCCCAAACUCCCCAAGAUCUCCACCUCCGACUCGUAG